AUGGAUUCCCUGAGCUCAGUACAGCCUGCUUCUUAUGUUGGUUUUGAUACCAUCACGAAUCAGAUCGAACAUCGUUUGCUGAAGAAAGGUUUUCAGUUCAAUAUAAUGGUUGUUGGCCAAUCCGGAUUGGGUAAAAGUACUCUGAUAAAUACAUUAUUCGCCUCGCACUUGAUCGAUUCUGCCACUGGUGAUGAUAUUACUGCCCUACCUAUUACAAAGACAACUGAAAUGAAAAUUUCUACUCAUACUCUUGUGGAGGAUCGUGUUCGCUUGAAUAUCAACGUCAUAGAUACACCCGGUUUUGGUGACUUUAUUGACAAUUCUAAAGCUUGGGAGCCUAUUGUGAAGUAUAUCAAAGAACAACAUUCUCAAUACUUACGUAAAGAAUUGACAGCCCAGCGUGAAAGGUUUAUUGUUGACACGCGAGUUCAUGCUAUUCUUUACUUCCUGCAACCAAAUGGAAAGGAGUUGAGUCGCCUUGAUGUUGAAGCCUUGAAAAGAUUGACAGAAAUAGCAAAUGUUAUACCAGUUAUUGGCAAAUCGGAUACAUUGACUUUAGAUGAAAGAGCAGAGUUUAGAGAGCUUAUCCAAAAUGAGUUCGAGAAAUACAAUUUCAAGAUUUAUCCUUAUGAUUCGGAGGAGCUAACUGACGAGGAAUUAGAACUGAACAGAAGUGUCAGAUCUAUCAUCCCAUUUGCUGUGGUUGGUUCUGAAAAUGAAAUUGAAAUAAAUGGUGAAACCUUCAGGGGAAGAAAAACUCGUUGGAGUGCUAUUAAUGUUGAAGACAUCAACCAGUGUGAUUUUGUAUAUUUAAGGGAAUUUUUGAUUCGAACUCAUCUCCAAGACCUAAUCGAAACCACUUCAUACAUUCACUAUGAAGGGUUCAGAGCAAGACAAUUGAUUGCUUUAAAAGAAAACGCGAAUAGUCGUUCCUCAGCCCAUAUGUCUAGCAACGCCAUUCAACGUUGA